AUGAUCAGAGCCGAAGUGGCCGUUCCACGAUGGGGUUGGAGAAGGAUUCCAACCAAAACGAGGCCGAAAGGCCUGCUAGCUCUGGUGCUGCUGAAAGGACGUGUCUACGACGUCGCUCAAUUUGCUCCUAAACAUCCUGGUGGUGAAAAGGUGUUGCGAAAACUGGCUGGGGAGAAUGUGGAAGAAUUCAUGCGCGGUGAACGACGCUUUCUCGGAGUGAAGCACGAGCAUUCCGAGGCUGCCUAUCAAAUGAUGGAGAAGUAUGACGUGGAGAAUUUCCAAAAGGAUGAUCCGACCCUACACUCGAAGCAAGGCGUUCUGUCGAAGGUGGGAAGUCUAGGUGCCAAUUACUGGAUGUGGAUUCAUCAACCUUAUGAAGGAACUUUGAGAUUGUUCGAUUCGGAUUUCUUGGAGUCGUUGACGCGAACCGCAUGGUGGGUCGUUCCUGCUGUAUGGCUGCCCAUUGUUGCAAUAUUCAGCCUGUUCGCCAUGGCUGAUAUGUAUGGCCGUUGGGGGCUACAUCAUAAAACUCCGAUGGAUGGUGAUCGUUUGGUAUUUCCUCCAGUGCCUGCCUUCUUCAUAGUUGCAAUUUUCUAUACAAUCUACUCAAACAUCCUUCCAUGGCAUAUUUUCUGUGCGUUUGGCAGUGGAAAGCUGUUCGGUUACAUAGGCUACGACAUGAUUCAUUAUUAUCUUCAUCAUGGGUGCCCUCGCCCUUUAACGAACAUGCAUUACAGAAAGGUCUACCAUCAUAACCACCACUUCAAGGAUUUCGAUGCAGGAUUUGGAAUUUCAACAUCGCUUUGGGAUUACGUGUUUAGUACCGUCGGAAUGGCCGGUCAAAUUCUUCUUUUUGAGACACGUCACCCAUAUUGGAAUGUUUCUGAGAUAUCACUUGGACGAGAGCGGCAGACGUGUGUACACCCUCAAGUUGCUAGUUCAUCCUGUCCAUUGUUUACAUUGAUUUUGGUCAACUUUGUUGUUUUCUUAUCCUGUCAAAAUUAUAAUUUUUGCUAUGCUUUAUUGGGAAUGGAGGCGCAUAUGGAGGCAAAAGAUUCGGGGUCUGUCUCCUCGAACAAAGCUCACAUAUCAGCAGUUGUAUUGAUGAAUGGUCCUGUCUAUCGGGAUUUGUCGUUCGAUUUAAAUAAUCGCCACAUUCACUUUUCUGUCACUCAACACGGAGACGUGGAUUUAGUGGUGUUUUGUUGUCUCGGGAAAAUAGGGCAAGUGAUUGAAGUGAUAUUUCCGGAGUCAGUGAUAGCAGAAUCACUUUCAACUCAACAACGAGUUGAGUACGAUACGAAAUUGUUGCUCGGAAGUGACGAAGUGGAAGGUUCUGACCUUUUUAUAAGACGUCUUGUGCUCUACUUGGCAUCACUAGGGCGACGGCGUCGUCUAAUUGUCUCAAUAGAGCAAGAGGUUUUGAUGGCGUUUCAAUUGAAGAAAUUGCAACAGCUAUGCAGCAGAUGCAGGAUCGUUUCUAGAGUUUAUUCGGCUGAAUCCAGUUCAGCAAAAAGCGAGCCAUCCACUAGUACUAAUUCUGGAAAGAAGAAAACCAUAUUUUUGCCUAAAACGUCCUUCGUGAACCAUGUGAAGUCGAUUGAACGCGGUUUACUUGAUCAAAAACUGGCUGGUGCAGGCGGUCUGUCAACUUUAUAUGAGUGGCAGCGAUCCCAAGUCGACCGCAGAGAAAUUUUUGAGUUGCUGGAUGGUCCACCGUAUGCAAAUGGCGUGGUCCACACUGGACAUGCCAUCAACAAAAUCCUAAAAGACUUCAUAGUGAAGAGCAGAAUAGCACUUGGAUACAGGGUCCGAUUUCGUCCAGGCUGGGAUUGUCAUGGUCUUCCUAUUGAGCUGAAAAUCAACAAAAGUGUUCAGGGAAAGUCACCGUUGGAGAUCAGAGCUCUUGCGCGACAAGUGGCCACUGAAGCUAUUGCAAAACAGUUGAAUUCCUUCAAACGAUGGGGUGUGACGGCUGCGUGGUCGGAACCGUACCUCACCAUGAACUCAACGUACGUCUCCGAGCAGUUGCGGUUGUUUGCAAAGAUGGUCAAAAAAGGGAUCAUCUACCGAGCAUUUAAACCCGUCUAUUGGUCUCCAAGUUCUCAUACAGCGUUGGCGGAGUCGGAAUUAGAAUAUAAUGACAAGCACUCGAGUACAGCUGUUUAUUUCCGAUUCAAGAUGAUUGAUGUUAAGCUGGAGGAUCUAGGAAUUUCAGCAGUGUUCGGCUCAAAACCAGUUAUUUUAUAUUCUCUCAUAUGGACAUCGACUCCUUGGACGAUCCCUGUCAAUAAUGCCAUAUGCAUAUCCCCAGAGUCGGUUUAUGCGGCCAUACGCUUCGACGACACUGUUAAAGCCCCCAUCUCUGAAGUGUACCUCGUUGCUGAAGCUUUAAUUCCAUCACUGCUAAGCAGCAUAGGAAGGCCGUUCACGGUUCUAGGUCGUGCCAAAGGGGAAGUACUAGUCGGAAAACACUACCGGAGCUGCUGGCAUAAUGAGCUGGCUUUACCAAUUUUGGCUGGCGAUCAUGUCACAAUGGCAAUGGGAACUGGUCUUGUACACACCUCUUUUGCUCAUGGAUUCACCGAUUACCAGAUAGCUAUAGAUGGAAACUACAAGGUGGAGAGUUUUGUGGACGAAAGUGGCCGGUACACUAGACAUCUCGGGGCCGAUCUUGAGGGAAAGGACGUACUCGGUGAAGGACAACGCGAAGUUAUCAGGUUCGUGUCGUCCGAGUGUCGAAGUUACGCAAUUACAAGCUGCAGUGAGUGUGUUGUAUCCAAGACAUGUGAAAUAUUUGCCUACCUCUUCUUUUUCUAG